AGGACUGUGACGUCAUUACGUGCUUGAGCCUGCCCGAAAAUGUUCUCCCGUGUUGUCGGGUCUCGAAGAAGCGCAGGACUUUGUCAUGAAAUAAUACAUUCGCAUCCAUGAAGAACCGAAAAAACAACCGCGUGUUUGUAAUCUGAAGAAAUUCGCCAUCCAACAGAGUCGUAAAACGGUCUCUUUUAAGAGACCCGAAGGGAAACUUUGUGGGCUCGUUUUUCACGGAGUGAUGUCGAAUCCUGGGACUCGGAGGAACGGGUCCAGCAUCAAAAUCCGACUGACAGUAUUAUGUGCCAAGAACCUCGCAAAGAAAGACUUCUUUCGUCUACCCGAUCCUUUUGCCAAAGUUGUGGUGGACGGAUCCGGUCAAUGCCACUCGACAGACACAGUUAAGAGCACACUGGACCCCAAAUGGAAUCAGCACUACGAUCUCUACAUUGGAAAGGCAGACUCAAUCACCAUCAGCAUAUGGAACCACAAGAAGAUCCAUAAACGGCAGGGGGCAGGCUUCUUGGGGUGCAUUAGACUUCUUUCAAAUGCCAUCAGCAGACUAAAAGACACAGGAUACCAGCGGCUAGAUCUUUGUAAACUGAACCCCUCAGACAGUGACGCAGUGCGGGGACAGAUUGUAGUGAGUCUGCAGACGCGAGACCGCAUAGGUAGUGGAGGCCCUGUGGUGGACUGUCGAGGUCUGUUGGAAAACGAUGGGCCCGUGUUAGAGGGAUGUUUCAGUGAAGAACCGCUGCCUUAUUCUGACGCCACCGGUGCUGCGGGUGGUGGGAACUGCCGUCUCGACUCGCCUAGUCAAGAAAAUCGUCUUCAGUCCCAACGAAUCCGGGGGCAGGACUCCCGAGGACAUGGCCACACACCUCAGAACAGACCUCACGGGCACCAGCCACCCGACCUGCCUGAAGGAUAUGAGCAGCGAACAACAGUGCAGGGCCAGGUGUACUUCCUUCACACGCAGACAGGUGUCAGCACUUGGCAUGACCCUCGGAUACCGAGAGACCUGGCCAGUGUAAGUUGUGAGGAACUCGGUCCGUUGCCAGUGGGCUGGGAGGUCCGAAGCACCGUGUCGGGCCGCAUUUACUUUGUGGACCACAACAACAGAACCACGCAGUUCACAGAUCCACGUCUACACACCAUCAUCAGCCAGCAAUCCCAAGUGAAGGAAUCCUCACAGGCCCCCCAGAUGGAUGUGGGGGUUGACGAGGGCGGAGUUGGAGGAAUGAGCGGCGGUGUUGGGGGCGAUGGGGACGUGGCGGCACGCUACGAGAGAGAUUUGGUCCACAAACUGAAGCUGCUGCGCCACGAGCUCUCUCUGCAGCAGCCCCAAGCUGGACACUGUCGCAUUGAGGUGUCCCGUGAAGAGAUAUUUGAGGAGUCGUAUCGGCAGAUAAUGAAGAUGAGGCCCAAAGACCUGAAGAAGCGUCUCAUGGUUAAAUUCCGAGGAGAGGAGGGACUGGACUACGGUGGUGUGGCCAGGGAGUGGCUGUACCUGCUGUGCCAUGAAAUGUUGAACCCCUAUUAUGGCCUAUUCCAGUACUCCACAGACAAUAUCUACACAUUACAAAUCAACCCCGACUCCUCCAUUAACCCGGAUCACCUUUCAUAUUUCCACUUUGUGGGCCGGGUAAUGGGGCUAGCAGUUUUUCAUGGUCACUACAUCAACGGGAGCUUCACGCUGCCCUUCUACAAACAGCUGUUAGGCAAACCCAUUCAGCUCAAUGACCUGGAGACCACCGACCCAGAGUUGCACAAGAGUCUCAUCUGGAUAUUAGAGAAUGACAUCACUUCGGUCCUGGACCACACCUUCUGCGUGGAGCAUAACGCCUUUGGGAAGUUUCUACAACAUGAACUCAAACCGAACGGCCGUAACAUUCCCGUUACUGAGGAGAACAAGAAGGAAUAUGUGAGACUUUAUGUGAACUGGAGGUUUAUGCGAGGAAUUGAAGCCCAGUUUCUGGCUCUCCAGAAGGGAUUUAGUGAGCUUAUCCCCCAACAUCUCCUAAAAGCUUUCGACCAUAAAGAACUUGAGCUGAUCAUCGGCGGAUUGGGGAAAAUCGACUUGACUGACUGGAAGACGAACACGCGCUUGAAGCACUGCACAAGUGAGAGCAAUGUGGUGCAGUGGUUCUGGCAGGCGGUGGAGGCCUUCAGUGAGGAGAGGAGAGGACGUCUGCUGCAGUUUGUCACAGGCUCCACCCGGGUCCCCUUGCAGGGGUUCAAAGCACUGCAGGGCUCUACAGGUUCUGCAGGACCAAGACUCUUUACCAUCCAUUUGAUAGACGCCAACACUGACAACCUGCCCAAGGCGCACACUUGUUUCAACAGGAUAGACAUCCCACCCUACGAGUCUUAUGAGAAACUUUAUGAGAAACUGCUGACUGCUGUGGAGGAGACCUGCGGCUUCGCUGUGGAGUGAAAGGCCCCACAACCGAACCAACGUACACAGUCACACUUGUGCUUGCACUUGCAUUCAACUCUUUGACUUUAAUUUUAACGUACACAACAUGCACAGAAAGAAGAUGGAGAAUGCACAGAGCAUGGCUGACGGCCAAGCGUGAAGAGAACGCAGUUCUGGCCCGACGCCGCCCGUACCGUUGGCAGUUGAAGGCGAAAGCACAUCAAGGAAGUCGAAUGGGAAGGAAAAAAAAAAACCUAAACAAAAGUAUUUUAAGAUCUUUUCAAAUGUUUUGAAGAAGCGUUUUUAUCUUUUGGUUUGAACAAACUAUGAUGUCAACUCCUUGGAAUGUCUACAGCCACAGCGAACUUGUCACUCAUCGUACAGACAUGGUGCAAUGAUGUAUGGGUGGAAAACAAAACUUAGGCUGACUGUGACGCGUGCGUGUGUAAAGUGUGUGAGACAUCCUGAUUGACCGACUCGUACUCAUGCGGUCACUUUGACCACUGUCGCGUUUCCAAGUGUGUCAACGUAUGUAUGUGUGCAUGUCAUACAGCGUGGGUGGGUGGGUGUGGCAUGGCACCUGGCCACGCUGCCAAACGAUCAAAUGAGCCUGCUCCUCUUUUGGAUUACUUAAUGUCUGUAUGUUUCGUUUGUACGUACCUGCAACCACUCUGAUCCUCUCUAAUGUUUUAUUAUUUAUUACUAAGUGAUUACUGACCAAGCUGCUCUCUCUCAUUCUCUCCCUCUCUCAAAAUAUAUACUGUAUGCUCUACAAAGAGUUCACACUAAUCCUUUCAUACCCUCUCGCUGAGUGGAAGGGUCAAUUCACUUCCAAUUCAAGUAAUCCACCAAGUGGUUUUUGAUUCAUUUCUUUUACUUUUUUUUAACAUGCAUAUUGAUGCAAAUAUUCUUGUGAGUGUAUGUAAACUAUGAAUGCUAUGGCAUGUUUAUUGAGGAGAAAGGGAUCAACCAAGCCCUGAUUUUGAAGUUUCACUCUACUGAGAGGUCAGGAGGGAGUGAUGUGGUUAAUUUCUAAAUGAGCCGAGGAAAUGCAAAAGGAGGAGUCAGCUUCAGAAAGACCCAAACAAAAAAAAAAAGCUCAAGCCUUUCACUCAUGUUUUAAUAUCAACUUCUCAAAUGUUCCCCUUGGCAGCCCUGAUGUUUUGUCCAUUUUACUCCGGCCUUUUGUCGAGUACUCAUUAACCUCAAGGCAGCCAUGAAUGAACAAGCGUUCUUUACUAUUACCAGUCCUCCACAGAUGUGAAUGAAUUCAUGAUUUAAAAAAAAAAAUGACUCAAGUGAAAAAUGUGGGAAAACAUUGGGCUUCACUGUAGAUUGAAGACUGUUAUGGCAGAUUAGUUUCAAUCUGCAUUUUUUUAGGUUCUGCGUUCACUGUGUAAUGGAUGCAAGAGUAUUGAAACUUACUAUGUGCUAAAACAUAUAUGAAAAAUACGUUGUAAAUAAGAUUAUAUUAAAAGAAAUUACAUUAAAAAUGUC